UUGCUAAUGCAUCCAAAGCUCAUGACUUCCCCUCUCUCUCAGAAACCCUAGCCCUUCCCCUCAUAUCUCACCUUUAUUUACCACCACCCUUGAUGGAUCCUACCCUAGCUAGCUUUUUCUGUCUUUUUUUUUUUUUUUUAAAUACUUCCCUUCACCUCCUACACAAAAAAUUCAUAUUCUUUUUUCUUGGGGGCCUCUGGAAAAGUUAAGUUUUUUUAGCCCUUAGAAUUCUUUAUAUAGCAGCAGAAGUUGUGCUUCUCUGAUACAUAACUCAUCUUGAAAGCAAUCUAGAGAGAGAGAGAGAGAGAGAAUAUAUAUAGGCCUUUUGUGUUGAGAGUGCUUCAUUUCUCUACUUCUUCGAUCUUGUGUUUGGUGUUUCUUCUCAAUUUCUUCUGAAGAAAUGGAUGUGCCGGAGCAGCUCUGUUACAUUCCUUGCAACUUCUGCAGUAUUGUUCUUGCGGUGAGUGUUCCAUGCAACAACUUGUUUGAUGUUGUGACAGUUCGAUGUGGGCACUGCAGCAACGUUUGGGGUGUGAAUAUGGCAGCUGCAUUCCAAUGUCUGCAGCCGUCCUGGCAAGAUGUUCAGGCUGCUGGCCACACUUCCACUGAGUACAAAGUUGAUCACUUAGGUUCCUCUUCCAAAUGGAACAACAAGAUGGCAAUCCAACCUUCCAUCACACACAAACCAGAGCAGAGGAUCGUCAAUCGACCCCCGGAGAAGAGGCAGCGAGUGCCGUCUGCAUACAACCAGUUCAUAAAAGAGGAGAUUCAAAGAAUUAAGGCCAAUAAUCCAGAGAUCAGCCACAGGGAAGCUUUCAGUACUGCUGCAAAAAAUUGGGCACACUUCCCUCACAUCCAUUUCGGGCUUAUGUUGGAGACCAAUAACCAAGCUUUUGUUAAUGAGGGGUCUGGGAAACAUCAAAUGAGGAGGGCUGCCAUUCUGAAAAAAUGAUCAUCUUUCAUAUAUAUGCAUGUGUGAGACUCUCUCUCAUUGAAGAAAAUUCAGCCCUACUACAUAUAUAUAUAUAUAUAUAUAUAUAUGCUUUAGAACAUUGUAAUAUCCUAAGUUUAAUUAUGUCUUGUAUUUGUUAUGGAAUAUUAUGUCAGUUGUGGUGACUGCUUCUGUUGAUUGUUUUUCAUUAUUUUCUCAGUUUAACAUUUUGCAAUGAGAUUAUCAGUUUU